AUGCCACGCAAGCGAGCUUCUCCUGCGGACAAUGAGUCCGAUGCUCAGGCCACACUGAAGCGUAUCAAGAUUGAGAGAACGACGACCGGAAAGACCAAAAGAGGGAAACUCCAAGCCGAGGCUUCUAUGCUCUCUCCAACUCUUGAACAAAACCCUCCGACUUGUGGCAGUUCCACUGAGACUUUCCAAAGCUUGUCCGUGAAGCGGGCUUGCACUAUUGACGACCCCAGUACUCAGGGCGCAGCGAAGCGCGUAAAGCUAAAUCCAAGUCCAACACAUGGCUUUUCUCCAUUUGGUUCGUAUUCCAAUUCAACUGAAAGUCUGCGCGCUGCAUCCGGUCCCGAAAAACACAACGCUCCUGAAGUUGACAGAGAGAUCAAAGAUGAAGAUGGUGAAGACAUGUUCUACAGCACACCCUCCGAUCUUCCAAAGACACAGAUCACUAAUUCAAGGAAAGGCAACUGGAAGCUUUCCACUUCAACAUCGCCAAAGUACUCCUUUAGAAGAUCCAGAAGAGACUUUUCAGAAAAGGAUUAUCAUGUUGAUGAUCUUUCUGUCUACAGCGGGUCAAGCUCCGGAGAAGAAAACGAAGAUCACUUUCUUGACCGUGAGGACAUCGAGAAUAUUCUUACACGAGAGAAAGCCCGUCGGCUGGCUACAGCUGUGAAAGUGCCGGAUGAUAGCAAAAUGUCGGAGGAAGAAACGAACUUGUAUCUCGGCCUAGCCCUUCGCGGAAUCAAACCAGUUAUGUCGUUCACAUGGUCAAUGGACUUCAGCACACUACCUGAAUCGCUAUUCGCUGUUCCAGAUAUCAGUGAUGAGGAGGAAAAGAAAUUGCCUUUCCACACGCACAAAGGCACCGAUUUUGCGGCAAUUCGUGCCUUCCGAGAACUUCUUAAAGUUGGUGGUUUCGUUCGAGACUGCAGACUGCUUACUCUCCAGCCUCAAGUGGUGAUUCGAAGAUACAUCGAGAAGUAUAUGCGUUGGGCUAUUACAGAUGCAGCCUUGAGAGUCACGUCAAAGUCACUUCCUGUCCAUAUUAUCUACACCCAGAAGUCAACUCUUACUGCCCUUUCUGCGAUCCAUGGAAUUUCUAACAAGAUGGAGUCGCUGGCCAAUCAACAUCAAAAAAUGCAUACUGAGUCCCACCAGGACAGAUUUUCGAUAGUUUUGCAGCGCCUGGCUAGCCGUGGUCGGUCAAAGCAGCCUGAACCCUUCAAGUACUGGCCUACACUGAUUGGUUUUCUCAUUUGUGGUCCCAUAUUGAGCAUCGUGUCUCUGGAUACAAAUCCCAACUCCAUCAUCUGGAUUGAAGACUCGGAACCUCGAGUGAAAUACCUUGGUCAAUUUGACAUGUUGGAGAUAGAUCAGGAUGUCUGGAAUUCUCUCGCGAUUGCAAUUGCAGUAAUCAAUAUAAGAAACACCAUGUCAAGGCUUGCCGACUCCUAUGAGGGGCCCCUCAUACCUCGCCUUCGCCUUCAUGGCGAAGAUACUGAUGAUGAUGACUUAUGA